AGUGGUUUUGCCCCCAGGGAUGGACCGAGAGCUGGCUCAGCUGGUGGAGGACCUGACGACUUCUGGGCAGCCGCAGCUGGACCCGAAGAAGAUGAAAGCGCUGAAGAACAUCUGCAGGUGUUCUGAUGAGCAUAUUAACCAUGUUUACCACCUGCUAAUGUCCCAGUUAAAUCAAGAACACGCCGAGAUACGUCUUUCAGCGUUUCAAAUCGUGGAUGACCUCUUCAGUCGGUCCCAUCUGUUUCGAACGUUGCUUAUUUCCAACUUCCAAGAAUUCUUGGAGCUGACGGUGGAAACAAACUACGAUCAGCCCCUUCCCCCACCAAGUAAUGUAGCCCAGAAACUUAAAAUAGCUGCCAUUAAAUCUGUACAAGAAUGGCAUGAAAGAUACGGAGAAGCCUAUAAGAAACUUUCGUUGGGAUAUUAUUUCUUAAAACAGAACAAGAAGGUUGAUUUUCAAGAUGUACGUGCCAGAACUCUAGCAGAAAGAAAACGAGAUGAAGAGAGGCAAAAACGAUUGGAUAAUAUUUACAAAGAUAAAGCUCAAAAAGCUGAGAAGGAAAUGGAAGAUCUGUCUCAAGAAAUCCAGUCUGUGCUGACUGAGAUGGAGAAUUCCUUUCAGCUUCUGGUGCCAGAUCCCUUUGACUUCAUAAUAAAUGACACUGAAACAGUUGAUUGGAGGAGAGAUGAAAUGGACGAAACAGCCACCUGUUCAUCAGCGCAGAUGUCAAAUCAGCAAGGAGCUUUCAUGGAUCGUGAUCAGCAACCUUGUUGUAGCAAGGACCUUCCUUCCGUUUCUCUGGUGCCAAAAGCUGAUAGCAAAGACUCUGAUAGGGAAAAGGAGAAAAAUGAAGGCGCGGAAGGCUGCUCACAGCCUGAAUUAACUUCUCAUGGCAUUAUGGGAGAUGAUGAUUCUGCAACCUUUCUUCGGAGCCACGGCCUUGGCUCUUACAAAUAUACUCUCAGUCUUGAAGUAUCUUCAGAUGUGAAACUAAGUGAGAAUGAAGACAAUGAGGCCAUCUUAAAUAACCUUACAGAUAAUUUUAAGCUCAUAACAAAUAAAUUUUUGCCAUCGGCACAGUCUUGGAUUCAGUUAUUCACAAGGGCUGGGAUAAGUGAUGAUCGCCUAAGACAAGCCAUUGACCUUAAAAAUAAAUUGGAGACUGCUCUGGAGAAGACUAAAAAAAUGCGUAUUGAUUUUAAAGAGAAGAGAAAAUUGGUGAAGAAAAGUACAAUGAAAAGUACAAAUGAUGAAGAUGAUGAAGAUGAUGAUGAGUUUGUGGAAGUGCCUGAGAAAGAGGGUUAUGAGCCCCACAUUCCAGACCACCUUCGUCAAGAAUACGGUCUGGAACCUGCGGUGCCAACAAAAAAAAUUGUAGGGACUGGAAAGAAAAAAACUAUCCCGAUGUCCCAGUUCUUACCCCAAUCUGGAAGAAAUGAAGAAGAGUUGGACCCGACCUGUGCUGCAGCAACAUGGAAAAUUAUCCGAGAUAAACUGCCUAGAUUAUCCACUACCGAUGAGAGGGAUUGUGAACCGACAACAUCAAAGGAGCCCAACAGUAAACGAGAAGAAGACAAAGCUAAAGCCCCUGUUGUACCUUUUGGGAUUGAUCUUUUCUACUGGGGCCAAGAGCAACCAAUGCCUGGAAAAAUUCUCAAGUUUUCUUCUCAGCAUCGCUUUUGGGCACCCAGUGAAGUAGAAGAAGAAGUCGAAAACAAAGACAUUUUGGAAAUGCUGAAAAGUCGAUACAUAACCUUUGCUGGCAAGUUUGAACCAGUGAAACACAAAUGCCGAGCCCCAAUGCCUAAUGGAGGGCUCUGUGAGAGGCAGGAUAGAUUUAAGUGCCCUUUUCAUGGAAAAAUAGUUCCUCGGGAUGAAUCUGGAAACCCUGUGAAUCAAGAGGACAGAGACAGAGAAGCAAAAAAGCAAUUUGAGAAAAAAGAACAGCAGCCAGAGUGGCAAGAUCCUGAAUUCAUGAGAGAAGUUGAAGCCGCUACCGGAGUUGACCUUGGAUCCUCACAGUAUGGCAGGAAAGGAAAAGGAGGGAAGAAAAAAGGGAAGACAAAGAAGAAAUAUCCCAACCUGACGGAUCUGAAGCAAGAGGCAAAUACAUCCCGUUCCCGCCUGGGGAAAAAAAUUUUCAACAAAACCUCAAUGAAGCGAGUAGUGAAAGCAAUGAAUCGAAUCGACCAAAGAAAACACGAAAAGUUUGCAAACCAGUUCAACUAUGCGCUGACCUGAAUGUCAUCAAAAGCAAGACUAAGAGAACUCCACGGCGGUUUUUAGCAUUCCAUCAACCUACGUAUAUCAGUGUUUCUCAAACUUGGCAACUUUGAGAUGUGUGGACUUCAACUCCCACAAUUCCCCAGCAUGGCUGGCUGGGGAAUUCUGGGAGUUGAAGUCCACACAUCUUCAAGUUGCCAAGUUUGAGAAACACCAGCCUAUAUGUACAAAAAUGGAGCGCCUUCAAGUGAGCAACUCUCACCUCCUUUUUUUUAACUUCUGCAGAUGCUGCUGUACAGUUCUAUAAUCAGGGCUUUACUGAAAUAAUAUAAUUAAUAUAAAUGUAUCUAUUUAUAUAAUCUAAUGUAUUUAAUAAUAAAACAUGGGAUUCUUUUUAGAAAGCAUGGAGCACAUCCUAGCAUGUUAAACAGGAGAUUUAGGAGUUGUAUAUAUUCUAAAAACUUACUGUAAUGUUUAUAGUGUUGUGAAUAAAUUUUAUAACCUUAAAUAUGCUCAAAAUCUG